CCACGUGUCAACAACCCACACCCACCACUGUUCGACCCCUCCUAUUUAUAUAUAACACCCGACCAUUCUCACAGCCUUUGAUAAGUUUCUCAUAAUUUUCCUUCAAAACUUUCCGUCAUAAUCUACGAUUCUCCAAACACCCUCAAUUUUUUCUUCUACUUUCUCUCCAAGUUUCUUCUUCUAUCCCUCGCUUCCUUUUCCAAUUGCUGGCUAUAAUGACAAACGAUAGGGGAGGUACUGCGGUAAUGGAGCAGAGCGGUAGUCUCAGGCGACCUAAAUUCGGAGUUCUAUUGCAUUCCGAUCCGGGUCUGCCUUCCACGAACAACCACGACGACGAAAGCUACUCGAACAACCAUCGACAUAGCAUUGCUUUCGACUACUCACACCGCCAUAGCGGCGGUUCGGGUGCGGCGAGCCCCGGAAACUUCGAUACUGGUAGUACUGCAACCUCUCCGUACGCCAUGUCACCGUGGAACCAAACCUCUCCGUACACGCAAUCUCCAUGGAUAACACCCUCGCCGUAUAGCCCAUUCGACGAGGGUACUCAUCGAAACGGCCUCAUCGGCUCGCUGGUACGCGAGGAGGGUCAUAUAUAUUCUUUAGCGGUUUCCGGGGAUUUGUUAUAUACAGGUUCGGAUAGUAAGAACAUACGCGUUUGGAAGAAUCUAAAGGAGUUCUCAGGGUUUAAAUCCAACAGUGGAUUGGUCAAAACCAUAAUUAUAUGCGGCGAGAGGACUUUCACAGGCCACCAAGACGGAAAAAUCCGGGUCUGGAAGGUUUCCCGUUCAAACGCUAGCAAUUUCAAACGUAACGGAAGCUUGCCCACGUUCAAAGAUUUCCUGAAGAGCUCCAUCAACCCCAAAAACUACGUGGAAGCCCGACGCCACCGCAACGUGGUUCGUAUCAAACAUUUCGACGCCGUUUCGUGCAUGAGCUUGAACGAAGAGCUGGGCUUGUUAUACUCUGGCUCGUGGGACAAGACCAUGAAGGUCUGGCGCAUCGCGAACUCCAAGUGCUUGGAGUCCAUCACAGCCCACGACGACGCCGUAAACGCUGUCGUUGCGGGGUUCGAUUCCUUGGUCUUCACAGGGUCGGCGGACGGAACGGUCAAAGUUUGGCGGAGAGAGCUACAAGGCAAAGGAACCAAGCAUUUCUUAGUUCAGGUAUUGUUGAAGCAGGAGAACGCGGUGACCGCUUUGGCCGUGAACCAAUCGGGCAACGUGGUGUACUGUGGGUCGUCGGAUGGGCUGGUGAACUAUUGGGAACGUGAAAAGCACUUGUCCCACGGUGGGGUCCUGCGGGGCCACAAGCUGGCGGUGCUGUGCUUGGCGACAGGAGGGAACCUGUUGUUCAGUGGGUCGGCAGAUAAGAAUAUAUGCGUGUGGAGGAGGGAGGAGGAGGGCGGGGCCCACGUGUGCCUCUCGGUCCUGACGGGCCACACCGGGCCGGUCAAAUGCCUGGCCGUUGAGGAAGAUCGGGACUCUGGUGAUGCAGCUGAUCAACGGUGGAUAGUGUACAGCGGGAGCUUGGACAGGUCCGUGAAGGUCUGGCGCGUGUCCCAGCACGCUCCGGAUCUGAGGCAGAUGAGGAUUGCGGAGCAGGUGUACGGGAGUAAUGGGAAGCCUGCAGGGAGAGGGAGCCAAAACAAGAGGCACCAUAGCCAUCAAAGUUAAAAUAAUAAAAAAAAGAAAAAAGAAAAGAAAAAGAAAAGGGACAGGGAGAGGGACAGAGAUAUGUACAUAAAAAUUAGAAAGUGAAAGCUGGUGCUCCUUGAAUGGACUGUGACGAUCACACGAAUCACAGAAGGUGGUCCCCAGAAUAAGAGGCGGACGGUGACAGAUGAGGUCUAGGGAGCACAGCGAUUAUAUAUGGUGGUUAUAAAUGCAACGUCUUCUUCAGCAUGCGCAGUUGCAUCAGAAGAAAUCACGAGUUGAAGAAGAAACCUGUCGAAGAGGGAUUCGGUUUGUGACAAGAAGAUUUGCCUUGCUAGAUGGGUCGUCUCUCAUUAAUUUCACAAUUUUGGGUUCGAUCAGAGAAUUGGUCAAACAAGUGAUAAAAGCUGCUAGCAACUAAAUUGUCUGUCAUAUAUAUAAAUGGUGUCGUUAUGUAGAAGUUCUACAUAACCAACAA